AUGGAGAGUAUCGCAGCAUUUGUGUGCCUUUUAUUUACCUUAUUUGGAUCGUCGUUAUCGCGGUUGUCAACUGUGCAAGAGCGUUUGGUUGAAAGAAAUUUCCUCUUUGGUAUUGCAAGUUUGGCUGCUUAUAAUGAAAAUGCCACAACGCAAUGUGGCAAAGAACUUGAAAUUCUAAUAAAAGCAGCGAGCGAACGUCAACUUUGGUCUUCGAAAUUGCUGGAUGCUUUUGGUUCGCCGCCGCAACAGUUUUUAUGGGGCAAUUAUCUAUGGUUUGGAACGCCUGCUCUGUGUUAUGAUCUUAAUCAACCAAUGGAUAUAAGUUUAGCUCUCAGUCAGCCAAUUGUGACCAAUGUAACGAGUCCGUUUCCCUUAGAGUAUACUGUGGUCUAUCUAAAUUUUUCGACACCAUUUUACAUUGAUGUAAAAUUAGCAUACGAGAAUUAUAUCCACUUGGGUUUGUGCUUACCACGGUCGUGUAACAUGGAUGUUAUACGCAAAGCGACUGAUCAGUAUUUUGAAAAAGACAACGCAAAAUUUGAAACGCAACGUACUUUUCAAUUAGAAUUAAAAACUGUGGCCAUCAAGACGCCACAUUUCUCUUGGAGAUUUCUCACACAAACGGGAAGUAUUUUGUUGUUAUUAAGAUUGUUAGAUACGCUUUUUACGGUGAUUUCGUUAAAAAUAUUUGCCGAAAUCAUUUAUAAAUCUAAAGAGAAUCGAAGACUUCAGCUAUUCUUGCCGUACCAAAGCGGUAAUAUGCCAGCUUUUCCUCAAACAGAGAAAAGCCCAUUUUGGAUCGAAUUGAUAUUGUGUUUUCGCUUCGAAGACAAUUAUGAAGCAAUUAUGAACUUUGAUAGCGAUAACGGUCGGAGUUCAAAAAUCCUUACUAGCCUGGCAGGCAUGCGUACUAUCAUCUGCUUGUGGGUGACUGUAUUUCACGUUUACUAUUAUUCGUUUAACUUUAUAUCCAAUAUAAUGGUGGUAAUGGCCCGACUUGAAGAUUUUGCUGUUCAGCCGGUUUCGCAGGCAGUCUUUUAUGUAGACGUAUUCUUUACAAUUAGCUCUUUUCUUUUGGUGUACAAUUUCCUAAUGGACGGCAAGCAAAUGGAAAAUAUCUUAAAAAAUAAUUUUUGGCACAAUAUUAAAAUAUUUGCUCGUUUAAUCGUUCAACGUUACAUAAGAUUGACUCCCGUUUUAAUUGUGGCUAUGAUCUUCGGUAAUUGGUUAUAUGAUCUCAUCAGCGUCUAUUCCCCUUUUUAUAUGGGUAAACAUAAUGCUAUCUAUUGUAAAAAGAAUUGGUGGUAUAAUCUUCUUUAUAUUCAGAAUUUUCUUGAUAUGAAUAAUAUUUGUUGCUCGUGGACAUGGUAUUUGGCUUGCGAAAUGCAAUAUUUCUUGAUGUUUACGGGGCUGCUGUUCGUAUACGUAAAACAGCCAAACAUUGCUAAAGUCAUGUUUGUUGUAUUGACGUUCGUAUCUCUUGUCAUUGCUUGGUGGUUACAUUAUAGCAAUGGAAUAAAAUUCCAAAUCGAUGUUAUCAACAGCACUCUUAAUCAGCUUUAUGUGAAACCAUGGCUACGCGUAUUUCCUUAUAUAGGGGGAGCAACCAUGGGUUGGGUAAUGCAUUAUCUGCAGCAACGGAAGCAUUUAAAUUCUGCACAGUGUAGCCAGUGUGAUAAAUUGCAACAACAACAACAACAACAACACCAACAACAACAGCACCAACGAAAAAAGAAUUUUUUCUUUAAAGAGCCAAGAAAAUGGUUUAGUUAUGUUUACUUAACGUUUUGGCUAUUCCUAGCUGUCUUUUAUUUGUUAACAAAUUUUAUGAGCUAUUGGCGUACAAUGCCUACCUGGCUUUUAGGUACCAUUAUGACUGUAGGUAAACUGGCAUUUUCUCUUUGCAUCGGUGUUGUCAUCAUUAUGUGUGCAUCCGGUCGUGGCGGACGACUUAAUGCUUUCUUAAGUGCCCGACCAUUUUUAUUCUUGAACAAAUUUUGUUUCAGUAUUUAUUUAAUGGCUCCCGUAAUUGUUAUGGGCAUUUUUGGUUUACGCAAUGCGCCUACCAACUACACAGACGUUAGCUCGGGAGCCGAUUUUUUCGCAACAAUAAUACUAGCAUUAAUGUCCGGUUUUCUUGUGCUCUUACUAUUGGAACUGCCUACGCAAAAGAUGGCCAUCCUUAUGCGACGUCAUUUUAAUACAUAA